UCUCACUCGCCAAGAGACGCGAGGAGCGCACGCUUGUUAGUGACUCGUUUUUAUGUGACUUUUUUUUUUUUUUUAAUGUAGCGACCCAACUUCCUCUGCACUUUUGGACCACAAACCAUCUUUUAGUUGAAGGUCAAAGCGCGUGAGCCGUUUUAAGCGCACUUGCUGGCUCAGGUGCUCGGGGAAACUCGCUCGUCUUGUUUCCAUAAAACUCGCGCGACUGCAGCGAACAUUUGCUUGCUCAUUUCCGCGUUAUCUCGAUUUUAUUUGGAACUGCUGCACGCUCGUUUGGAUAUCCGAGAUCAAGCUCCGUACUUGAAACUCCACGGUGCCAGCAUGGACGAGGCGGUGAAGUACCAACAGCGACUGGAGGCCAUCGCUGAGAAGCGGCGGCUGCAGGAGGAGCAGGAGCGAGCCAAGAGAGAGAUGGAAGAUGAAAAACUCAGACUUCAGCAGCUCAAGAGGAAGUCUCUGAGGGACCAGUGGUUGAUGGAGGCAGCUCCUCCGUGCCCACCCUCCCUGGAUUCCCAAAGCCGGCGCUCCCCUCCGUGGGCCUCUCAGGAGGUGGCAGAGCACAGGUUGCGCUCACAGAACACGCCGUUUGCAGGGGAGGAUGAACAAGAACAGAUCGCCGAGGACCACGCGGAAGACGAGGACAUGGAAGCAGGAGAUGUGGUCCUGUCUUCAGGGGUAGUCGAGGAUGACGCGAAGGUGCUCCGGACGCCAACGCGGCGUGAAGGCUCGCCCGUUCUGAUCAACGGCGAAGGGGACUUGAAAUCGGGCCUCACACAACACGGCGAUGACGCUUCGGAGAAGCCCGUCGCCGCAAACGGACCGAGCGAGAGCGCCGCGUUCGAGAAGCGCGGCCAGCGCGUUUGCCAUCUGAGCUGCACGGAGGUGACCCAAGGGAUGACGGUCAUGCGGGCCCAGCGCGUCCUCGUCACGGACGGUGAGGGAGAAGUUGCGGCCCGAGAGCAUCGCGAGUCCACCGCAGACGGAGGAGUGACUGCGGAGGAGGCGCGAACGGCUUCGGGAGCUUCCACGGAGUCGGCGGCGAGCCAGACGAGUGCGGCGGAGGAGCCGGCGGGGAGUACGCGCCAGGAGACCGAAGACGAGGACAUCAAAGUGGAAGCUCCAGCCUCGACGGCCGAGCCCGUGGGAGUGGCGCCGGCGGCUCAGGUGCCGGCCUGCUCCCAAUCACAACCCUCCUGUCCUCCUCCAGAGGCACCGCAAGCCCAAGAAGAGGAGGAGGAGGAGGAGGAGGAGGAGGAGGAGGAAGAGGAAGAAGCCGUCGCGCCAGCGUCAGACCCCACCGACGCCGCCUCAAAAGCCCAAGGCGACGCGGUGGCCACGCCCCCUCAGUUCCAGGAAGUCCCCCUGGAGAAUCACAGGACUGAGGCGCGAGGCGGCGAGGAGGAGCCCCUCCUGGAGGGGGCCAAAGCCCCCGACGCACACGACGAAGCCGCCGCCGCCGACGACGACGACGAUAAAAAAGCCAAGAUGAAAAUCUGCCAGUGCUGCUCGCUCAUGUAAACGCAACAAAAGUGUUUACGCGACGCAUUCGGUUUUGCUCUCCAGUGACUUUGAAGACUUUGUUGCUGUUGAUUGGAUCGCGGUAGCCCCGAAGUUCACGAAAUUCUGUCGCACUCACCACAUUUAAUCAGCGGUCAUUGAAACCAAAGUUUUAAUUCAGUGCCUAAUUCAUGUUUUUUAAUGGCAUAAACUGUGUAAUAUAUAUACACACACUACAUUUUAAAUAGAUUAUGUGAGGUUUUUGUUAUAUAUAUAUAAUUGACAGAAAACAGAGAAGCAACUUAAUUUCAUGCUAAAUGGGAACAGAAAAAAAAAGUGUUGCGUUUUUAUUUUUUUUCUGCAUUUUCCGCAUCCUCACAAUUUUCUUUUUUUUUUUUAUCUGCACACUGCAUGAGUUCUUUAUUUUACCGCCUGUUUAUUUCAUAAUGUCUGUAUUUGCAUCAUCGAAAUAAACUCAACCAAAAACAUUUUAAUGCAUUAGGACGAAAAAUGCUUUAUUGGAACAUAAUUACCAUUCCUGUGAUCAAAAUAAGCUCCAAAACAUUUUAAUGCAUUAAAGAUGAAAAUGGCUUUAUUGCCCAAUAAAUUCAUCAUUUUAGGGUAAAUGCAAGAACUGAGUUAUUAUGCAGAUUUGGGACUUUCUGGAUGGCUUUUUAUUAUAUUUUCAGCUACUUUAGGUUCCAUUUUAAUUUGGGUUUUGCGAAUGCAGUUUGCAUAUAUUUGUCCCAAUUAUGCAAACCAGAAAAAGUGUGCACUGGUUCUGACUGACAUUCCUCUGGGUCAAUAUCUUAUUUUAACACAUUUUUACUAAAGUUUGAAUUUUGUAUUUAACCGGAGCUCUGUACGCGCAUAACAGGAGUUGUCAAAAAAGUUUAGAAAUGACUGGAUGAAACUUAUUAAAGUGAUAUUUAACGAG